AUGGACAUCAGAAAAUUUUUUGUUUUAAAAAGAAAGAAACCUGAAGGAGCAAGCAGUGACAGCGAUGAUUCCGUGGGUGACCUGGCGAGACCUAGCACAUCCAAAGAACCGAACUUAGUUCCCGACUCUUCGAUAAAUGACUGCAACGAAAAUGACAUCGGUAAAUUUAUUGGACAAGCAUCAAUGUUAUCGACUGAAAUGAAGAAAGAAUUGCUUGAAAACACUUGGUCUCCGUCUGCGACGUAUGACUUUGUGGAAGACGCUAAACAUUUGAAGAGGAAAUUUAAUUAUUCAUGGUUGGAAACGUACUCUCCAUGGUUGGCCUAUUCCAGGCACCAAAAAGGAGCCUUUUGUAAAUAUUGUACAUUGUUCCCGCCAAAUCCAAAUUUUUUUAGAGGCGUAUUAGGGUCAUUUAUCAUAAGGCCGUUUUGUAAGUUCAAAGAUAUUCACGAGCAUUGCAAAAAGCACAUGGAAACCCACUUCCAUAAGAUGGCACUGGAAGCCGCUAAAUCAUUUCUUGGAAGUGUACCUGUAGAUUUACAACUCAACAAAUACUCCCGGGGCAUUAUUGAAGAAAACCGAAAAAUUAUAACAUCUAUUAUUUCCUGCAUUACGUUUUGCGGGUCGCACGACUUAGCUCUGAGAGGAAAACAUUAUGGCAAAGACAUUGUGAAAAAAGUAAAAGAAGCAGAAGCUUAUAGUGUGUUAGCAGACGAAACAGCUGAUAUUUCCGGUACUGAACAAUUAUCGAUUGGGCUGCGAUAUUUUGACGAGGAAGCCAAUGAGGUCCAAGAAAUGUUCGUCGGAUUUGUUGAGCUGAAAGGUCUGGAUGCGAAAUCUAUUGCAUAUUGCAUCGAUGAGUUUCUGACAAAAGAAGACCUUAAACCUGCUGAUAAAUGCGUUGGUUUUGGAUUUGACGGUUGUUCGACGAUGUCCGGAAAAGACGGUGGAGUACAAGCGAUCCUUCGCGAAAAAUAUACGAAAGCACUGUUCUUUCAUUGCUCGUCCCAUAAAUUGAAUCUGGUAAUAAAUGAUCUCAAUGUUCUUCCUGAAAUUCGAAACACCAUGGGAACCACUAAAGAUAUUAUUAAUUUUUUUCGGGAAUCUGUUUUGAGAAGAAAAUUGGUACCUAAUAUUGCCAGGCUCUGCGAAACAAGAUGGAGUGAGAAACAUAAAACUAUCAGAGUAUUUAAGGAGAAUUUUCCUGUUAUAUUGGAAGCCUUAGAAAACUUAUCGCGUGAAGGAAACAGUGCUACUCGAAAAAAUACCUUUCAACUCCAUGCGGCUGCUAUCAAAAUUUCGUUUAUACUUUGUAUUACUUUGAUAGCUAAAUACUCUGCUUUGUUAGAACCUGUUGUCAGCGCACUCCAAUCCAUAGCUUUGGAUGUGGUUAAGGCCUCGCAACACGUCAAACGCAUUUUGCAAUUGCUUAAGAGCCACCGUGAUAAUCCCGAAAGAGUCACAGAUGAAAUUAUAAAGGAUGCUAUUGUUGUUGCGGAGAAAGUCGGCCUGGAGGAGGAUAUCACUUCAAUGCCGCGCAUUGUUGGGAAACAACGUCAUCGAAGCAAUCACCCAGCAGAAAGCCCUUCAGAAUUCUGGAAAAGAUCAUUAAUAAUACCAUACUUGGACUCCGUUAUUACAUCGCUUGAAACACGCUUUGCUGAAGAAAAUACUCCAUCAUUUGCUUUAUCUAAAUUACACCCCGCACAAAUGCAAACGAUGUCAGUCGAAAAUCUCACAGAAACUUGUGAAACUAUCGCUCAGUUUUAUAAUUUACCAAACAUAAAAAUUGAAGUCGAGCUUUGGUAG